AUGCAAAUAAAGUUCUCUCGGGAAAAAGGAAAAAACAAACGAAUAACAAGCAUCAAAUGUCUAUGCUUGGUCCCCACGAUCAGCGAAUCGAAAUCCCUUUCAUAUCUUUCCCUGACUUAUUUAAGCUUAAUUGCUAUGCCAAAAAAUACCAAUCUCCUCUGAAUUUGUUUUCCUGCUUUCUGGUUUUGGGUUCCCAAAGUAGCUCUUGCUUUCGCCUCUUUUUCAUUCAAAGAUUUGAUAUGGAGAUGAACGGAUCAUUUGGAACACGAAAUGUUACACAAACAGAUGAUAAAGUGUGGCAAAAUUUCCAAAAAAGUUUCAGUGAGGUACAAAAUAUUCUAGAUCAGAACCGGCAGCUGAUUAAUGAAAUAAAUCAGAAUCAAGAGUCCAUGAUUCCUGAUAAUCUGUCGAGGAGUGCAGUCAUGAUAAGAGAUCUGAACAACAAUAUUGGAAAAGUAGCUGCCCUUUAUUCUGAUCUCUCUACAACUUUUGUAAAGGAAAUAAAGACGUCAUCACAAGGGGAUUCGGCUGGAAUUUCUAGUUGUGAUAGGAAUUCUGCACAAAAGAGAACGCGUCCUGCUUAGAAUGAUGAGAUUCCAUCUCUAUGAAUUACUUUUGUCUGAUGGGAUGGUAUGUUUGUCCUCUUUUCCUACAUUCGGUGAUGGUAGAAAAGUAUUUGAUAAGUAGAUGAAGCUUUAUGCCUCCUCCACAAAGAGUAAUAUGGUAUAGAUUGUGGAAGGAAAUAUUUUGUAGAUUUGUAUGGAACUUCUUAGAACAUGAUAGUCACUAGUUUUGAAAUUGUAUGGAGGCGUUGUUUUCCUCUUUAUAAGACAUCUAUAUAACU